AUGGAUAUCAGUGAGGCAUCCGAGUUGCUGUCGUUGAUCAUCGAGCUGGAAGUGAGAUGGCACGACCUGCGCCUCCGCUGGAACCCCGCCAAUUUCUCGGGCAUCGAAAAUAUCGUUUUGCCCGAGCACCGAAUCUGGACCCCCGAUUUUGUAUACUACGAUCAGGCAGCCCAGGCUAUCAAUCUGAUCCCCGAGGAUUCGCGCUAUGUGCGGGUAGAUUCCCACGGUGAGGCGAGUCUGCCAAUGAUGCAUCUGGUGCGGACGAGCUGUAAUUUGAAUAUGUCCGAAUUCCCGUUCGACAUCCAGUACUGUGCCGUCGCCCUCGGCACGUACAUCUACGCGGCCAAGGAGAUCUCCUACCAGAUCAACAUCCCCCAGUUCAACGAGCACAAGCAGUCCGAUACGUACGGCUGGCACGGGAAUAGUGAAUGGGAUGUGGACAAGCCGAAAGCAGAGAGGAUGAAAGCGAAUAAUACUAUCUUCAAAUAUGAAUAUGUAAAUAUCGAAUUCACGUUCUACCGCCACUCCUCCUUCUUCAUGUUCAUCAUCAUCUGGCCAGUCUUCCUGCUCAACAUCCUCUGCACGUUCGGCAUGUUCGUUGACAAGACGGGCGACUGUUUGAACAAGAUGAUCCUCGGCCUCACCACCCUGAUGGCGAUGGCCGUCGAGCUCGAGAUCGUCGCCGAGGAGAUGCCCAAAACGCAGCAUAUGCCACUGUUGGCUCGAUUCGUCAUCAAUUCCAUCUACAUCAUCGCUACCGCGUCGGUUACUGUACUUUUUCUUCCUACGAUUAGGAGGGCCAGAAAAUCCGUGCCACAUCUGACGACACGGCGGCUGAUCCAGCCAAAUCUGUUGCUGCUCAUCAUUUUCGAGACGCUGAAUGCCAUCACCAAGGCCAGGAGCGUGGGCGGAUGUCGCCGCCUAUUGACCGACCCGGCGACCGUACCCCGCUCCACAGGACUUCUGAUCGUACAUAGCCACUUCAAGCCGAUGCAUCCGUGGAUGGACCCUACGAGGAGAUUCGUCAAGUUAACCAAACUCAAGGAUUGGCUUUACACCCAGGGGGUCGUCCGCAAGUUUGCCUACGUCUACGAUGAGGGGAUCAACAGCCACAAGUGCGAAUACGACCCCACCCAGUCGGAUGUUCCCGAGCGUACCAAGCUCGUCCGUGAUCGUCUACACGCCGAUGGAUUUUUGACGGAUGCGGUGAAAGUGGAGGCUCGCCCGGCCACCGAUGACGAGUUGGCCCUCGUGCACACCAAGGACUUCAUCAAGCAGAUCACGGCGCUCAGCACCCCGGACCAGUGCGAGAAGUUUUGCAAGGACAAGGAGCUGCUAUGGCUAUCCCCGGGCAGCGAGAAGGCCGCUCGACUGGCUGUCGGUGGCGGGCUCGCGCUCGUCAAGAAGCUCGGCAUGGAGAAGGUGGUGGCGCUCGAUCUGGAUGUGCAUGCCCCGGUCGGAACGUACAAUGCCACUCGCGUCACGGGUCAGGGAGUGAAGUCCAAGAUCGUUCUGUUCUCGGUCCACUCGUACUGUUACGGACUGUUUUGGCCGUUCACCCAGGACUACGACUGCGAUCCGAAGGACGGUAAUGUCACGUUCAUCCCGAUCAACGUGCAGCUGAACAGCGAGGACGAAUACAUGGCCAUCAUGAACCACGCUAUAUUGCCCGUGCUUCGUGAGAUCAAGCGGAAAAUGAUCCUCCUGGCGGGCGGCCAAGCCCUUCGUGCUCAUGGCUGGGGCCAUAUUCCCCGCGAUCUGCACGAGAUCUGCCCGGAUCGUGUGAUCGCUGUCCUGGAGGGCGGUAUCAUUCCCGCCAACAUCACCGAGUCGACGUCGAUGCUCGUCAAGGGACUUCAGGGCAAGCCGAGUCCCCGGGAUGUCCACCCUGUGCGCCUGAACGGAUGCCUCGUCGAGCCGAUCUUCCGCUCGCUGCUGAACGGCCUUGAGCGUGUGUCAAGGCCGCUAAUACUGUUUUUGCUGCUCCUUUGCGUUGCAGGCCUUCACCCGAUCGACUGCAAGAGUCUGGAGCCACUGAAAUCCACUACCCACUUUCCCGAUGACGCAUGGCACUGUUUCAGCGUUUUGUGCAUGUUUUUGCCCAAUAUGGACGAAAAAAAAGAGAUCUGUCUUAUUUCCGGAAAUACGGCUGCUUCGGUGGCUGGAGGAUCGAUGCUGCCUAAUAGGGAGAUUGUCUACUACGGAGCCGUCGCGCUCGACACUUGUGUAGCGCUCUUCAUUGAGUUGUUAGCUGUUUUGCUUGCGGCUUGGGAAAGCCUGGGAACGCCGAUGCCCCCGAUCGAAAUAGCCCGUGAAUGCCUCGCUGGGAUAAUACUUGCUUUGAACGAUCUGAUCGCGUCGCUGCUCUACCGUCAAGUCGUCUACAAAAAGAAACCCAAUGUUACUCCUAUCACGCCCCAUUAUUCCCUCUUUACUCGAUUGUGUGGUGGGUCCAUUGCUGUAUCAAUGUAUCUCCUCAUGGCGGUGCUAUGUUGGCUCUCCAAAGUGAGCUACUACGGUGCAGCCGACAAUCUUAUUCGUGCGAUUCGUUGUGUAUUGCAGUUUGUUCUCGUAGAAAGAUGUUUGGGCGCAAACUAUUCCUCGUUCUCGGCUUGGAAU